AUGGAAGGGCUUGGCUACAGGACCAAGGCAUUUAGAUUUCAUUCUUUGGGCAAUGGGGAGCCACUGGAGGCGUCGGAUCAACCAGUGAUAAUGAUCAGAGGUGUGUGCCGGGUGUCCAUGAAGGAAGUGGGUGAUGGCUUGCAAGACCAGAUGAACAGCAUGAUGGGGGCACUGCAGGAACUGAAGCUUCUGCAGGUGCAAGCAGCAUUAGAACAGCUGGAGAUCUCUGGAGGGAGUCGUGUCCCAGGCUGCCCUGAAAACCCCUGGACACAACCUGAGCCUUCUCAGUGGGAAGGUGGCAGGGGCUCAGCCAGGCCUCUGGCUGGCUCCCCCUCCAAUCAACCUUUUCUUGACAGCAGCAUCAAGUUUUCACCCCAUAGGAGGAUCUGUGGGAGGGAGAGGGCCCCCCUGCCCAGCACACAGCUCUCAGAGCACCAAAGCUCUGCCCAGCAAGGGUCAGAGCACGUGGAGCCAGAUGACUGGACCUCCACGCUGAUGUCCCGGGGCCGGAAUCGACAGCCUCUGGUGUUAGGGGACAAUGUCUUUGCAGACCUGGUGGGCAACUGGCUGGACUUGCCAGAACUGGAGAAGGGUGGGGAGAAGGGAGAGACUGGGGAAGCUGGGGAGCCCAAAGGAGGAAAGGGCCAACUCCGGGAGCUGGGCCGCAGGUUUGCCCUGACAGCAAACAUCUUUAGGAAGUUUUUACGUAGUGUGCGGCCUGACCGCGACCGGCUGCUGAAGGAGAAGCCUGGCUGGGUGAUGCCCAUGGCCUCUGAACCACGUGCCCGACGCUCUCAGAAGGUCAAGAAGCGGAGUCAUCCUAAGGGCUCUGGACAUUUCUCCUUCCCAGGCAUCAGAGAGCGCAAACAAGGGGAAACUCCAGCCACAAGUUGCCCCAAGGCCCUGGAGCCCCCACCCUCUGGCUUUGAUAUUAACACAGCUGUUUGGGUCUGA